UAAAAAUGAGGAGGCAAACACUCUUUCUGCUUUUAAUCAUCCUUCUGCUGCCUGCGGCUUUGUGUACUGAAGAUCCGUCUCCAGAAGACAUCUAUUUCCAAGACUGGACCUUCCAAGUUGACGACCAAGAAGGAAAACUUGAACAUUUGGAGGUACUCAGGCUGAGACCUGAUGAGGAUUAUAAGGAUUUCAUACUAUUGUUAAAUGUCACGGUCAAAGAUGAGGAGAAUAGGCCUAAAAGUUAUGUGGUGGCCAAGUAUAAAGAUUAUUCUCAGAGACUUGAUUAUGUUUCGGCUGUGAAAAGUUUUGAGGUUGAUAGUGACAAUGGAAUCGCUUAUAUUGGAGUGAACUAUGGCCAAACUACUAUAUUUCUGUACCAAUUUAAUUACCUAGAGCAAAAGCUCGUCAGAUUUAACUUUUUCAGCUUUUCUUCGUACAACCACUUAAAUAAAGUAGAGUUAAGAGAAAAUGGCUCGAUGCUUCUUUUCAUCAAUACUCUUUAUCACAGAUAUUUAUGAUUGUUCGAUUUGAGUGAAAAGACGAACAGAUGAAUAUCUCCUACUGAUCUUAAUGUAGGCUUUGUCACUUUGAGAGAUAGUAAAGUGCUUAUAAGCAGGAAUAUUCCUGAUAAUGGGUAUCACACUUAUGGACUUCAGAUUGUUAAUUUUGAAAUAGAGAGUUCGUUUAUGAUGAAAAUUAGAAAUCCAUUUAAGAACAAAACAUCCACUUUAUUAAUGAAUGGGUUGUAUCACAAAAGUAAUGCUGAUUAUGUACAUUUGUUCUUGAGAUCUGCCACUAGAAUUAUGUAUUAUAAAAUAACUUCUGAAUUGUUUGUAUCCUCUAUUGAUUCCUGUGUUCGCUUUGAACUGGAUUAUAAGAUGCAAGAUAAAGAUUUUGAAUUAAUUGGAAAAGAUGAUGAUAUAUAUUUAUUGCUCAAUAGUCUAAAAGAUGACAGUAAAAUUAUGUUGGUAUUUAAUACUCUCUAUGCUGAGUAUACUUCAUUUAAAAUAUCAACCCAAAGGUUUGUCUAUUAUCUUGAUAGAUCUAAUAUUUUUCAUUUUCUAUCUUCAGACUCUUCUCUUCCUUCAGAGUCUGGAAACACAUAUAAAGCUAUUUAUUCAAGGGCUCCACUGAUAAGUAUCGGCUCUAUAGAAGAAAUUGGGGUAUUCUCAGAAAUGCAGAUAAAAUUACACAAUGAAACGAUUCCAGAUUCUAACUAUGAAGAAGUUCCUUUAGUGCUUAAUGAUAACAUUAAUUUCUCAUCUAGCCCGUAUGAGAAUGCUUUUGCCAUAUCACUUAAUUUAACUUCUGACAAGACUUACUUCUCGAAGUCAAUAUAUUUGAAGCCAAGCUUUAUCAAAAUUUAUAAUCACAAUAUAUUGCAUAUGAAGACAACACAUAAUCUGGAUUUAUCAAACAAAUAUAAUAUUUAUUUCCCAGGAAAUGACAGCUCUGGUUUUGUUUUGAAUGAUUAUAAUUCGACUAGAGAAAAAUCUCUUUGGAUUAGGUCAAAGAAUGUUGUCAAAAAUGAAGUUUAUAAAGGAAGUUUUAAAUUUGAAGAAAAUCUAACAAAUCAAAAGAAAUACACGCUUGAACAGCCAAUUGUUAUCCUUCAAGAAAGUUGAGCGAAAGGUUGAAUUUAUUGCCCUGAUUACCAAGAGGUCUAUGAGAAACAUAUUCCUAUAAGCUGAAAUAAAUGUGAUGAGGAGGGAGGAUAUUUAAAGAACGGUGGAGUAUGAUACUUCACUUUAUUGACUCUAUUGAAAUUAUGACCAUACAUUAUUAUAUCCAUGCUGACUGUUUUAUGGUGAUUAUCUUGGAUACCGAAGUAUCAUCAUUAUUUUAAAAUAUAUGUUUAUCAUUGUCAUAGCAUUUUCAUAAUUUUAUUAAAUAUUUACCACUAUUUUUAUUAUUUAUAUAGAGAUCACCCGACAAAAGAAAUAGAAGAACUCUUGAAAGUUCUAGCAUUUAAUUCUACAUUUUUGGUUUAUAUUUUCCCACCUUUGGGUUUUAUACCUCCCGUAAAAACAAUGCUACUCUCAUAUAUUUUCAGGAUCUAUGGCUAUUUCCGCAUCUGAGUCGGAUGUAUUAUAAUAAAUUAUUUUCAAGUUUUCUUAUUUUUGGGAAGUAUUACACUGUUUAUUUUGACAUAUUAUGUUGUUUUCAAGAAUAAACCUCAACUCAGAAGAAGAAUCAAAUAUAUUUUCCAUUGAAUAUUUCAUUAUAAUUCCACGAUCAAUUUAAAUUCUAUUUUAUUUUAUCUUGAGGGUGUAUUCCCGGUUUUAAUUUUUGCCUUUACUGCCUUAGUGAUUUUCAUAAAGAAUAUUUAUAAAGUAAUGAAGGUGCAGUAUUCUGGACAAAAUAAAAUAUUUAAUGAAUCUCCAUAUACAGUUGGAUUAAAGACUAAUAGCUCAUAUUGUCUUCUGUUUUAUCACUUUUUUGAAAUCAAAUUAUUAUUGCAGGUUAGUUUAUGACUAUUAUUUAGAAAGUUCAUUUAUCUAAAUUUUUGAAUUCCUUUUAUUGUGAUUGAAUUUCUUUGGACAGUUUUCGUGAUUGUAAAGAAUCCAACGGUUGAUAAAUAUCUGCAUAAGUUAUUAAUCAUGGAUUGACUCGUGAUUCUAUUUGCUUCAAUAAUUAUAGGUAUUGUAAUCGAUAAGGAAGGAGGCUAUUAUUUUUGGAAAAUGGAUAUCAUAGCCAUAAUUUGUCUGCCGAUCAAUUAUGUCCUACUGUUUAUGUUCCUUCUAAUGCGUAUGGUAUGGAGAUACUUUUCAAACAGAAGAAAUAUCAAGAAAUUUGGAAGAAAGGAAGGGCUCAAUGAUGGAGAAAUACAUUUCAGGAAUCAAUUCGAGCCAGAGGAGAGAAGAAGGAUAAUCAAUAUCACCACUGAUUCACACUCAUAUUCUUAA